AUGCUGAGCUCUUUUUGUUUAAAUAUUUUUUUUUUUUUUAUGAUUUUUUUUUCUUUUUGCGUGGGCGUCCGUAUGGACGGCAGCGGAAAACGAAUGGAUGGUGUCUUCAAUGUUAAUGGCCAAGAGGAAUCACGAAAGCUUGUUGUUGUGAACUGCAGCCAGACACGGUAUCAUGUCGUGCGGGCGGCGGCUGUAGCGCUGGGGUGGUACGUGGAAGAUGAGGGCCGCCGCGAUGUUCCCGCCCGUUUCCAUGGAGUGGCGCUGCGGAGAGAUAUGCAGGCGGUCAUCAAACGUCUUUUAUCACGGGGCCUGUCGUAUGAUGCAGGCAGCAGCCCACAAAUUCAGUGGCUGGACAAGAGUGUGAUAUCUUCACGUGUUGCUGCGUUGUUUUGCCGUCACCGUGUAAACCACUUUCCCGGUAUGCAUGUAGUUGCCCGUAAGGCGGUGCUGUUCAAGCGGCUUAUGCGCAUCCGACGACGGGUGAGGGCUUCUUCACUUCUCGCCACAUCUAUGCGUGCAUUUCCCUGGAGCUUCUCCGCGUCAACGGAGCUGCCCCAGCUGGAGCGGUUUCUCUGUGCUCGACAGGAGCAGCAGUCAUCGGAUGGCGAGCCUUUUUUUAUCCUGAAGCCGAACAAGGGAUGCCAGGGGAAGGGAAUUAUUUUGACACCCGAACCACUCGAGGCGCUCGAACGUCUGAAAGACAAGAGCAGGGAUGAAUGGCUUGUGCAGCUGUAUGUGACGCCGCCACUUUGCAUCGAGCGUAAGAAGUUUGACCUUCGUAUUUAUGUGCUUUUGACAUCCGUAGUGGUUGGGCGACCUCCGCGCCUGCGGAGAGGGAUUCCACAGACGUUGGGUGGCGAGACGCAUGGCAGUCAUGCGGGUCCUCUUGACGGUCUGCAGUUGUUUGUCCAUCAAGAUGGUCUUGUGCGUAUCUGCGCGGAAGAGUAUGCCAAUCCCAAUAGAAAGAAUUGUGAGCGGGCGAGUGUGCACUUAACAAAUUACGCCGUAAACAGGACUGCAGAGGGGUUUUCUAUGGGCUUUUUGGAAGAGACAGAUGAUGGCGGUGUGUGUGAGGGCAACAAACGGGACUUCAAGUUUCUGCAACAUUACGUCAACGCACUGCCCGGCGAGGACCAAAGGGUGGAGUCAACUGUUGAAACCGUUGCCUUGUCUCGCUGGGAAUGCCUGCUGCGCCGCAUCGACAUAUGCAUCAUGUUGACUUUGCUCUCUGGCUUGGAGGAGCUGCAGCGGGAGUUCAUCGGUACUGGUGCAUCACGCGGCUCACGUAGUGAUGGACGGAAUUGCUUUGAACUCCUUGGAUUUGACUUGAUGCUGACCGAAGAGCUGGAGCCUGUCCUCAUGGAGGUGAAUCAUUCCCCGUCUCUUUUCUGUGACUCGUCUUUUGACUUUGAGACGAAACGUCGCGUGGUGAUGGACGUAUUUCGGUUGCUGGAGCCGCACGUGCCAUCCAUCGAGGUGUGCGACGACGCGUCGUAUGCGGCCCACCAGGCGACCCCGCACGCCGGCACCAGCGAUGCGUCGGUUGGUUUUCGGCAGAUUUCUCCGCAGCGUACUUUUGCUGACAGUGCUGGUGGUGCUGGUGGCCCGUGGUGUGAGGAGGAGAUGCGCAUGUUUGAGGAGAUGCUGCAGCAUGCCCGGAUGAGUUGA